CUUCCCUCAAUCAUCACACCUCUCUAUGAUUUCUCUCCUCUCUCAAUAAAAAUUUUCCUUCACUGUCUCUUUAACCAAGCAAAAACGAACCUCCUAUCAUUCCCUUCACGAAAAACCCAAUUCUUUGAGUUCUUUUCUUAUAUGACUUUCUUGAAAAAAUUCAAGAAAAAUUAAAGGUCUUAAAGAAACUUUCUAUUGAAAAUGUGGUCUCAUAACAACAACGACAAGAAUUCUCCGGCAAGGGGAUUCUGGACACCGCCGGCUUCAUGGAGGUCUCAACAUUCUCCGGCGGUUGCCAUGAUGCCAAUGUCAGAGAGGAAAGAAAGGGUGUCUUCUCCUAGUUGUAAACGUGAUAUUUUUCAUGUUAUUCAUAAAGUCCCUGCCGGUGAUUCUCCUUAUGUCAGAGCCAAACAUGUCCAGUUAAUAGAGAAGGAUCCAAGCAAGGCUGUUUCCCUAUUCUGGGCUGCUAUCAAUUCUGGGGAUCGAGUUGAUAGUGCCUUGAAAGACAUGGCAGUGGUGAUGAAGCAAUUGGAUCGAGCUGAUGAGGCAAUUGAGGCGAUCAAGUCCUUUCGUCAUCUCUGUCCCUAUGAUUCCCAGGAAUCUAUUGACAAUGUGCUAGUUGAACUCUACAAGAGAUCUGGAAGGAUUGAAGAAGAGAUUGAAAUGCUUCAACGCAAACUGAAGAACAUAGAAGAGGGUAUUGCUUUUUCUGGCAAGAAGACAAAGACUGCCAGAUCCCAAGGGAGGAAGAUUCAAAUAACUGUUGAACAAGAAAGAUCAAGGAUAUUAGGGAAUUUGGCGUGGGCUUACUUGCAGCAUCACGAUUAUGGUUUGGCUGAACAAUAUUACAGGAAAGGUCUAUCAAUGGAGCCAGAUCAGAACAAGCAGUGCAACUUGGCUAUCUGCUUGAUGCACAUGAACAGAAUUCCAGAAGCAAAAUCUCUGCUUCAAACCGUAAAAACUUCAUCUGGAAGUAAACCAAUGGAUGAUUCCUAUGCUAAAUCUUUCGAGCGAGCUUGUCAAAUCCUGACUGAAUUAGAGUCACAUUUGAUAGUUAAACGAACCGAAGAAGAUGAAAAAGUUCACCAAAGGUCACUGGCAUUGCCUACCACCAGAAAUUUGAAAGAGGUUGCUAGCUCCCGAAAUGGAGAUGUUUCGGGAUUUGUGGACUCUAGAAAGUGCACAGGUGUAGUUAAACCAACCGAAAAAGAUGAAAAAGUUCACCAAAGGUCUUUGGCAUUGCCUACCACCAGAAAUUUGAAAGAGGUUGCUAGCUCCCGGAAUGGAGAUGUUUCGGGAUUCGUGGACUCUAGAAAGUGCACAGGUGUAUUUAAUGAAGAUAGAGUGCUGUCAGAUGAACAUAAUAGAAGAUCUUAUUGGCAGAAUCACUCUGAGAAUGAGAAAAGCUUCUUUGCAUCCAAUAAUAGGAGUUCUCAAUGUAUAUCACCUGGACUGAGAGGUGGUCCACAGUCUUCUCCACAAACUGCAGUUGACAAUAGCUGGAGGAGAGAUUCUAGUUUUGCAAGCCCAGGUGAAAGGCUUGGUUUUGCCAGCAAAAUGAAGGAUUAUCGGUUUAGUUUUGCUGAAAUAGGCCCAAGUUCAGAACAGAAGAAGACAUUUACAUCUCCAGCCAUACAUACACAACCAAGGAGAUGUUGCUGGGGGUUCGAUAAAGGAGAUCAGAGAAGGAUAAGGUGGGGAGAGGAUACAGCUGAGAUAGAAAAAGAGAAUGCAAUCCGGAAUCUCUCUGGAGAACUAUUAGACUUAACUGAUAAUCAUACAAGCUGGAAAAGAAAUGUUCAGGAAAAUGGUCGCCAAAGGAAAUCUGCAACAGAAGACGAGAACACAAGUCUAAAGUGUUCCACAGAGCAGACCGUGGUUAUUGACAAUGCAGGGGUAUCAAAAGCCUCCACUGAUUGUGACUGGGAUCAAUCAGCAGAAACUGUUGGGAAUAAGUAUCUUGGAAAGGACAGCUCACUCAAAUCCCACCGCAAGAGUUGGGCAGAUAUGGUUGAAGAAGAAGAAGAAGAACUGGACCUGUUAACUACAGACCUUGGCCAGAGUUUCCAUAGUUGGAAUUAUGAAGAAGCAUGCAGUGAUGAAAAUCUAAAUGUCAACACAUUUCAUCAGAAUUCUUACCAAAAGAAUCAGCUAGGAACUAUUUUUCGAAAACUUGAAGCAGCUGAUCUUCAAGAUGGCUAUGGUACAUCCAUGAAUGCAGUUUCAUCAAGGAAUUCCACAGCGCGACGCUCACUGUCUUACGAAUCUGCAGAGGAUGUGAAUACAAAGAGUAGAAACAGGUUGCAGGUUUUCCGAGACAUAACUCCUACUCCAGAUAGUCCAUGAGCUUGAAUCAAAAUACGUCAGAAGUGGAUAUAAUUCAGUGAUGUUUGAGAGUUUUUGAACGGCACUGAUCAAAAUCAUGUAAUAUGGAGUGUUUAUUCUUUUUUCUAUCUCAAAUUUUUUCUGCUUGGUGAGGUACUGUUGCAUCAAGCAUUGUGAUGUCUUUUUUAGACCUUCUUCCCGCCUUCAUUGUUUCCUUGUAUAGUGAGUGUAUCCAUGUCACUCAUCAAUCAUAUGAUAUUAAACACAAAACUUUUAGUUCUGAUUA